AUGCGACGCAAGGAAGCACGGGAGACGCGGGGAGACGCGGCGCUGCCCGCUAACGGCACUUUCCCCAACAGCCUGCUAAGGAUACACUUGGGGAUGUUUGUCUUCGCAGCAUGGGCGCACGGGAACUCUGUGGAGCAGAAGAUUUACGUGGAGCUGAAGGACACGGCGGCGUGCGUGAGGCUCAUGAACGGCACUCACCAGAUCGGCUGCCAAUCGUCUGUGGGCGGUGACACGGGCGUGCUGCACCUGGUGUCCGGCGCGGAAGACCUGGCGUGGGUUCUCAAGGACGGACCCCACUCGCCCUACAUGGCUCUGCUGGACAACUACAUGUUCUCCAGGGAGACCAUGAUGCAGCUGAAGGUGGCGCGUGGCCGUGUGGCCGGCGUUGUGGUGAUGCUGCACCAGCAGGAGGCGCCGCCCGUCGCUCCCGUCAACUUCUCCCACGACCUCUCCUGCCCCAACGACAAAUUCGGAGUGUACGAGGACACGGAUUACGCCCACUGCCGCCGCGCCGUGUGGAACCCGUCGGGUUCCGGCUUGGCUCUCGAGGGACUUUAGCUUCCCGGUUUUCCUGCUGCGCGACGCCAACGAGACCAGCGCCGUCCUGCAGUGCGUGAGGGAUCACAAUGUGCCGAUCAACGCGACG